UUAUGUGCCCCCGCUUCUCCGACAAUAACAACAAGUUAACGUAAAAGAGAAGCGCCGUAGUUUUUACGCAACGCAACUGAUCAGCCCCUCGAUUAAUAGGAAAACCGAAUCCAUGGCCACCGCCGCAGCUGUAGCAAAAGUGGGAAAAUCAGUGCACCGCAUUUUCGUGGGCAAUCUGCCGUGGACGGUGGGUCACCAGGAGUUGCGUGGUUACUUCCGUGAGUUCGGACGCGUGGUGUCCGCCAACGUAAUCUUUGACAAGCGAACGGGCUGCUCCAAGGGCUACGGCUUCGUUAGCUUCAACAGUUUGGCCGCUCUGGAGAAGAUCGAGAACGAGCAGAAGCACGUUCUGGAGGGCAACUACCUCAACAUACAAAAAUCCUAG